UGUGUGUGUGUGUGUGUGUGUGUGUGUGUGUGUGUGUGUGUGUGUGUGUUGUCACGUGCUCCACGGGUCUGCGGUAGCUAGCAUCUCGGCUAUUAGCGCCGCUCGCGACUUCCGCUUUUCUGAUUAAAUCCCAAAAAAAAGAAAAAAGCAUCCGCGUGGUUUCACUUUCAGGCGCGAGCGCGUUUCAGUGUGACGUGUAAAUAUCGAUCAUUUCCGGUCAUCAUGGCGCUGCUGCAGCGGAUGAAAGUAGCGAACGAGAAACACAGCAAGACCAUCACACAGCGGGGGCACGUGCAAAAGACCGCGGUGCUGAUGAUCAUCAGUUUCAUCUGUAGGUUGAUCCCCAUUGAUGAAGUGAUAAAGAAACAGCGGUGUAGGAGCUUCAAACUGGCGGGUACAGGGAGAGGAGAAAUCUCCAGUGGGACCGUGGCUCCUCGCUCUGUUUGUGUUUGUAGUGUGUGGAUCAGCUAUUUUUCAGAUCAUACAGAGUAUCAGACAGGGGAUGUAGGAUCCUGAUGUAUGGCUCUGAGUGAUGGUCAAAAUGAAGCUCCUCCCACUGAAUCUUGUCUGAUCAUCACCUACUCCUGUGUAGAGUUUACAUUACAGUGGAACUGUUCUCUCACUGACACUCUGUGUGUGUGUGUGUGUGUGUGUGUGUGUGUGUGUGUGUGUGUGUGUGUGUAAUGCUAUGCAAUGAUUUUAUACAAGGAAAUAAACUAUUUUCUCUACA